UUCUACCUGAAAAUUUGCAAUUUUGCGCAUGCGUUGUUUGGCGUGAAAUACUCUGACCGCGGAAUAUAGCGCGAGGAUAGAUAUUGUUUAUAAAAGUAUCUGACUCUGUAGGGAGUCAACUGAACUUGUUGGUUGAAAAGAAUUGGAAAGAAAAAUUUUAAUUAAAUUUAACUAACAGUUGUUUAAAGGAUAUGAGGUUAUUGCCACAGGCUCUUGUAGUGGCCGUGGUGGUGGUGCUCUACACUGACCAUGCACAUUCUUUUCCCGUUUCUCCUGUACCACCGCUACUCAAUAAGUUGUUAAAAGACCAAAAUGUUACUCUUGGAUUCAUAUUAAAGGGACUUCAAGGUCCACCUGGUAGAGAUGGUUUACCUGGUGCAGCAGGUUUUCCGGGUCCCCCAGGUCCACCUGGAUGGAAAGGUGACCCAGGUGCACCAGGUGCUCCGGGAAUAAACGGAUUUUUAGGAGGUCCUGGUCCUCAAGGACCUCCAGGAAAUGAUGGUUUUCCUGGACCUCCAGGUCUUCCUGGUGCACCAGGAUGGCCAGGUGGCAGUGGCAUGCCUGGUCCUCCAGGUCCUCCUGGUUUACCAGGUCCAGCUGGUAAUUCAGGUCCUACACCAAUUAGAUAUAAUGGAACAGUAAAAUGCGAAGAAGAUACUGCUUGGUUGAGAUGCAAUGAAUAUAAACAUAUUUCCAUUAUGUCCGCAUUUUGGGGGAGAAGAAACUUCGGUUUAUGUACGGAACAUACCGGAAAUCUAGUUACGAACAAAUAUUGUCCAACGACUCCUUUAUUCUUAACAAAAGUAAAAGAUGCAUGUGAAGGAACCACAAUGUGUGAAAUCCGAUGCACUAAAUUCUUCUUUCACGACCAAACCUGUUUGGAUGUUUACAAAUAUCUUGAGGUUUACUAUAAAUGUAUUGAGGUCAUCAACGGUCACGAAGUGGUCAACGAGGACAAUCUACUUAAUGCCAAUUUUUUGGGCUAAAAAUAUUAUAUAACACCAUAUGAACACCUUUUUUUAAAAAAACCUAACGCCUCACAAAAAAAAAACAUUGAGUCAUUGUACACUAGAAGUAAACCAACAGAGAAAAUUAUGUCAAAUAAAUCGAUUAUUUUUUUAUCGAAAUUUAGCUCUAUGAGAUUGUUCAGUUUACUGAGAGAAUAAGUUUUAUAUCAAACUAUAAAGUGUAUACUUCAUAUUAAAUAUGUAUAUACGGGCAAGGCAGCUCUUCAAUUUUUUUAUGUCUUAUAUCAACACGCCAACGUUAUAUUGCCAAAGUAGUUCGAUGUUGCAACAUGGAUUAAUCAUUUCUAUCUUCAAGUAUUUGUUCCUCAGAGACAGUAAAGAGAUACGUUUUGAUAAGGUUGACGUGUUGUAUACGACAUUGGAAUAUUUAGCCGUCUGUUCUAUAUCAAUAUUUAUAACUCGUAUUAAUAGUAUAUUGUUUGUGGUAUAGUCUCGAAUGCAUUAUUUUCGCUAUGAAGAAAUUUGUAUCUAUUUAAAAAAGAAAGCUUUGUUUUAUA